CUGCGAUGUGGAGUCUGCCAUCUACAGACCGAACGAACAAAUUCGUCUCUAUUUCCGUCACCGUCCGCCACCUUCCCACGAUCUCCCACCACCGAUUACCGACGGCUUGAAAAUGGAGCCAGAUGUGAGCAUCGAGACGAGCUGCAUGAUCCGUGUGGCGGUUCUCCCAAUCGGCUCAAUUCCGAUCCCGCUCUUCCGUGAUUACACCUCCAUGCUCGUCCGCCACCGCACCAUUUCGCUCUCCUCAAUCAGCUCCUUCUACACGGAGCACCAGAAGUCUCCGUUCUCCCACCAGCCUUGGGAUUCCGGGAGCCUCCAGUUCAAGUUCAUGCUCGGCGGAUCGCCCGCUAGCCCUUGGGAGGACUUCCAGUCCAAUCGUAAGAUCCUCGCUGUCCUUGGCAUUUGCCACUGCCCUUCAUCCCCUGAUCUCCACUCCGUCGCGGAGCAGUUUACCUCUUCCUGCAGGGGUUACUCGUCUUCCCUUGUUCAACGCUGCUUCGCCUUUUGCCCUGGAGAUUCCCAGCUAGAGGAGGAGAGUUAUAAAGGGAGCAAUAUAGUUUUGUUUCCACCUGCGGAUAGACAGACUCAAGAGUUCCACUUGCAAACUAUGAUGCAAGAUAUUGCAGCUUCACUGUUGAUGGAAUUUGAAAAAUGGGUUCUUCAAGCAGAGUCCGGUGGAACUAUUCUGAAGACUCCUUUAGAUUCUCAAGCUAGUCUCAGUUCAGAGGAGGUUAUCAAGGCAAAGAAACGAAGACUUGGAAGGGCACAAAAAACUAUUGGAGAUUACUGUUUGUUGGCUGGAUCACCUGUUGAUGCCAAUGCACAUUAUUCCACUGCACUAGAACUCGCUAGGUUGACCGGAGACUUCUUCUGGUAUGCUGGUGCAAUGGAGGGGAGUGUAUGUGCAUUGCUGAUAGAUCGUAUGGGACAGAGAGAUCCAGUUCUGGAGGAGGAGGUUAAAUAUCGUUACAAUAGUGUCAUUUUGCAUUACCGAAAAUCAUUCAUACAAGACAAUGCUCAGAGAGUUUCACCUCUAAGCUUUGAGCUAGAGGCUACACUGAAAUUAGCAAGAUAUUUAUGCAGGUGGGACCUUGCUAAGGAAGUGGUUGAGUUGUUGACAGUGGCUGCAGAUGGAGCAAAAUCUUUGAUUGAUGCUAGUGACAGAUUGAUUUUAUACAUUGAGAUAGCUCGACUAUUUGGUAAACUUGGUUAUCAAAGAAAGGCUGCCUUCUUCUCUAGGCAGGUUGCUCAGCUUUACUUGCAACAAGAGAAUAGAUUGGCUGCUACUAGUGCCACACAAGUAUUAGCAAUGACCACGAAAGCGUAUCGUGUUCAAAGCAGAGCUUCUAGUCAACAUCAACAUGCAAUUUGCCAGGCUUCUGGACCUAGUCAUGUUGAUGGAGGGAAAAUGCAUCACAACUGGAUAGUCUCACUCUUUGAGUCUCAAUGGAGUACACUUCAAAUGGUUGUGCUGAGGGAAAUACUUUUAUCUUCUGUCCGUGCGGGAGAUCCUCUUGCUGCCUGGAGUGCAGCUGCACGCCUUCUCAGAUCUUAUUAUCCAUUAAUUACCCCAGCCGGGCAAAAUGGCUUGGCAAGUGCCCUUUCAAAUUCAUCUGAGAGGCUUCCUUCUGGAACUCGUUGUGCUGAUCCUGCCCUGCCUUUCAUAAGGUUGCAUUCAUUUCCACUUAAUUCCUCACAACAGGACAUAGUAAAGCGCAAUCCUUCUAAAGAAGCUUGGUGGGCUGGAUCUGCUCCAUCGGGACCUUUUAUUUACACUCCAUUCAGCAAAGGGGAGUCAACUCAAAAUAAACAGGAGUUGAUUUGGGUUGCCGGGGAACCUGUGCAAGUCCUGGUGGAGUUAGCAAAUCCUUGCGGUUUUGACUUGAUAGUUGACAGUAUAUAUUUAUCAGCACAUUCUGAAAAUUUUGAUGCUUUCCCUGUUAGUGUUAAUCUUCCUCCUAAUUCAGCUAAGGUUAUUACAUUAUCUGGAAUUCCUACUAAAGUGGGACCUGUGACAAUUCCCGGAUGCAUUGUUCAUUGUUUUGGUGUUAUCACUGAACAUUUCUUUAAGGAAGUUGAUAAUCUGCUCCUUGGAGCUGCACAAGGACUUGUAUUGUCUGAUCCUUUCCGUUGCUGUGGUUCACCUAAGUUAAAGAAUAUAUCAGUUCCAAACAUUUCUGUGGUUACCCCACUGCCAUUGCUGGUGUCACGUGUUGCUGGAACUGAUGGUGCUAUUAUCCUAUAUGAAGGCGAGAUUCGUGAAGUGCAGAUUACUUUGGCAAAUGCAGGCACAGUUCCAGUUGAGCAGGCCCACAUUUCAUUAGCAGGAAAGAACCAAGAUUCAGUUAUAUCAAUUGCGUAUGAAACCAUGAAGUCUAGCCUUCCCCUUAAGCCUGGUGCAGAGGUGACAAUAUCUGUCACUUUAAAAGCUUGGCAGCUUGGUAUUACAGAUCCUGAUGCUGCUCCCAACAAGAGUAUUUCUCCAAACACUUGGAGACAUGUCAAGGAUGGAGGCAGCCCCAUGCUGCUGAUCCACUAUGCAGGCCCAUUGACUACACCUGGGAAGUCACCAGUUGAUGAGUCUAUUCCUCCUGGAAGGCGGUUGAGUAUUCCCUUGAAUAUCUGUGUUUCACCAUGCUUGUCUUUCGUGAAGGCUCGUUUGCUUUCAAUGGAGAUUCCUGCUUAUGUUGGUGAAGAUCAUUCAAAGCUUAAAAAAGAAAAUGGUUCUAUUGAAGAAGCCACCUGUACUGAAAGACAGGCCGAUAAGUUCAUGAAAAUUGACCCUUACAGAGGAAGUUGGGGGUUGCGUUUUCUCGAGCUGGAGUUGUCUAAUCCAACAGAUGUUGUCUUUGAGAUUGGAGUGUCUUUUCAGCUUGAGAGCUCUUCCAAUGAGGGUAGUCCCGAAUACAAGUAUCCUAGAACUAGGAUUGAUAGGGAUUGCACAACGAGAGUGCUAAUACCUCUGGAACACUUCAAAUUACCUGUUCUUGAUGGUUCCUUCCUGAUUAGGGACUCCAUGGUGAAUGGGACAACCAACAAAAAUUCAAGCUUCUCUGAGAAAAACAGCAAAGCUGAACUUAAUGCUUGCAUCAAGAAUUUAAUUUCUCGGAUUAAAGUCAGGUGGCAAUCUGGACGGAAUAGUUCCGGGGAACUAAAUAUUGAGGAUGCAAUAAAGACUGCUUUGCAAUCAUCGGUGAUGGAUGUACUGCUACCUGAUCCACUAACCUUUGGAUUUGCCCUCACUGAAACUGGUUUGUCAGAGGAAUCAGGCAUGAAAGAUCAUUGUCCUCCAUCUAAAGGGCCUAUUAUUGCACAUAACAUGACUCCAUUUGAAGUGCUUGUACGCAAUAAUACAAAAGAAACUAUUAGACUAAGUCUUAACAUCACAUGUCGAGACGUAGCUGGAGAGAACUGUGUGGAGGGUGAUAAAGCAACUGUGCUAUGGACAGGUGUUUUGAAUGGCAUUGGCAUGGAGGUACCCCCUCUUCAGGAAAUCAAGCAUUCGUUCUCCUUAUAUUUCCUGGUUCCAGGUGAGUACACACUGUUACCUGCUGCUACAAUUGAUGACGCUAAUGAAAUUCUAAGAGCUCGAGCUCGAGCGAACUCAAAGGAUGAGCCCAUCUUUUGUCGCGGGCCCCCUUUCCACGUUCGAGUGAGCGGCACUCUGUGACAGCUCUCAGUGUCGUUCCUUGAAUCCAUGUACCAUUAUGUUAUGGAGUUGACUCUUGAUAUACCUCCCCAAUUGGACAUGAUUUUGAUGAUUUGUACUGCAUUAAUGGAAACCUUAUGUAGCUUUUGUGCAUACUAACAACCCAUAUUGCUGUUUCUCCC